AGGAUGAUGCUCAGCCACUGAGCCACACCGUCCGGGCUCUGGUGACAAUUUGUAGGAGUAAUUGCAGCCUGACUCCUAAGCCUCCGGGAGUCGCAGAGGCUGUAACGCAUCCAUUUAACCGGGUCCCUUUCGGAGACAUGUAGGGUUUGUCCCCCAAGUCUUUUGCUGUCACAGGCCCCAACCCCUUUAUCCAAAACCGCUGGGCCAGAUGCCGGUUAAAUUCAGAAAUUUGGGAGCUUCUCUCAGAAGGGCCACUCGGCUCAUCGGUAAACAUCUCAGCCUCCGGUGUGAAUAGUCACAGCGGAGAAAUGAGGACACGAGUGGCCGCGACCUUUGUAAACAAGUGAUGAAGUCAUGUUGGGUCCGGGAUCCUGGACGAGGGUGUCGGUCGGAAGAAAUAACAGCAAUUGAAUGAGACCUUUAUCUCGACCCACUUUUGUAAUCCAGCCGCAGAACACGGAGGUGCUGGUCGGGGAGAGCGUCACGCUGGAGUGCAGCGCCACGGGCCACCCGCUGCCCAGGAUCGCCUGGACCCGGGACCGCUCGCCCCUGCCCACCGACCCCCGCGUGAGCAUCACGCCCUCGGGCGGCCUCUUCAUCCAGAACGUGGCGCAGGAGGACGGCGGGGAGUACACCUGCUUCGCGUCCAACAGCCUGGACAGCAUCCACGCCACGGCCUUCAUCAUCGUCCAGGCUCUCCCUCAGUUCACCGUGACCCCGCAGGACCGAGCUGUGAUCGAGGGUCAGACCGUUGAUUUCCAGUGCGAGGCCAAGGGGUACCCGCAGCCCGUCAUCGCCUGGACGAAAGGAGGGAGCCAGCUGUCUGUGGACAGGCGGCACCUGGUGCUGUCGUCGGGGACGCUCCGCAUCUCGGCCGUCGCCCUCCACGACCAGGGCCAGUACGAGUGCCAGGCUGUCAACAUCAUCGGCUCCCAGAGGGUCGUGGCCCAGCUGACCGUGCAGCCCCGAGUCACCCCGGUGUUCAGCAGCGUCCCCAGCGACCAGACGGCGGAGGUGGGCUCCAACGUGCAGCUGCCGUGCAGCUCGCAGGGCGAGCCCGAGCCCACCAUCACCUGGAACAAGGAUGGGGUCCAGGUGACAGAAAGCGGGAAGUUUCACAUCAGCCCUGAGGGGUUCCUGACCAUCCACGACGUGGGGACCGCGGACGCCGGCCGCUACGAGUGUGUGGCGCGGAACACCAUCGGGCAGGCCUCGGUCAGCAUGGUGCUCAGCGUCAGCGUGCCUGACGUCAGCCGAAACGGGGACCCGUUCGUGGCCACAUCCAUCGUGGAGGCGAUCGCAACGGUCGACAGGGCCAUAAACUCCACACGGACUCACCUGUUUGACAGCCGUCCACGCUCCCCUAACGACCUGCUGGCCCUGUUCCGCUACCCGAGGGACCCCUACACCGUGGAGCAGGCGCGCGCCGGCGAGAUAUUCGAGCGGACGCUGCAGCUGAUCCAGGAGCACGUGCAGGGCGGCCUCAUGGUCGACCUCAACGGAACCAGCUACCACUACAACGACCUGGUGUCCCCGCAGUACCUGAGCCUCAUCGCCAACCUGUCGGGCUGCACGGCGCACCGGCGCGUGAACAACUGCUCGGACAUGUGCUUCCACCAGAAGUACCGCACGCACGACGGCACCUGCAACAACCUGCAGCACCCGAUGUGGGGCGCCUCACUGACGGCCUUCGAGCGCCUGCUCAAGUCCGUGUACGAGAACGGCUUCAACACGCCGCGCGGCGUGACGCCGGGGCGGCUCUACCACGGGCACGCGCUCCCCAUGCCGCGCCUGGUGUCCACCACGCUCAUCGGCACCGAGGCCAUCACGCCGGACGCGCAGUUCACGCACAUGCUCAUGCAGUGGGGCCAGUUCCUGGACCACGACCUGGACUCCACGGUGGUGGCGCUGAGCCAGGCGCGCUUCUCGGACGGGCAGCACUGCAGCUCCGCCUGCAGCAACGACCCGCCCUGCUUCUCGCUCGCCAUCCCGCCCAACGACCCGCGCGUGCGCAACGGCGCGCGCUGCAUGUUCUUCGUGCGCUCCAGCCCCGUGUGCGGCAGCGGCAUGACCUCGCUGCUCAUGAACUCCGUGUACCCGCGCGAGCAGAUCAACCAGCUCACCUCCUACAUCGACGCCUCCAACGUCUACGGGAGCUCGGAGCACGAGGCGCGCGCCGUGCGCGACCUGGCCAGCCAGCGCGGGCUGCUGCGCCAGGGCAUCGUGCAGCGCUCGGGGAAGCCGCUGCUGCCCUUCGCCGCGGGGCCGCCCACCGAGUGCAUGCGGGACGAGAGCGAGAGCCCCAUCCCCUGCUUCCUGGCCGGCGACCACCGCGCCAACGAGCAGCUGGGCCUCACCAGCAUGCACACGCUCUGGUUCCGCGAGCACAACCGCGUGGCCGCCGAGCUGCUGGCGCUGAACCCGCACUGGGACGGCGACACGCUGUACCACGAGGCCCGCAAGAUCGUGGGCGCGCAGAUGCAGCACAUCACCUACCAGCACUGGCUGCCCAAGGUGCUGGGCGAGGUGGGCGUGAAGAUGCUGGGCGAGUACCGCGGCUACGACCCCGGCGUCAACGCCGGCAUCUUCAACGCCUUCGCCACGGCCGCCUUCCGCUUCGGCCACACGCUCAUCAACCCGCUGCUCUACCGGCUGGACGAGGCCUUCCAGCCCAUCGCGCAGGGCCACGUGCCGCUGCACAAGGCCUUCUUCUCGCCCUUCCGCAUCGUCAACGAGGGCGGCAUCGACCCGCUGCUGCGCGGCCUGUUCGGCGCGGCGGGGAAGAUGCGGGUGCCCUCGCAGCUGCUGAACACCGAGCUCACGGAGCGCCUCUUCUCCAUGGCGCACACGGUGGCGCUCGACCUGGCGGCCAUCAACAUCCAGCGCGGCCGCGACCACGGCAUCCCGCCCUACCACGACUUCCGCGUCUACUGCAACCUGUCGGCCGCGCACGACUUCGAGGACCUCAAGAACGAGAUCCAGGACCCCGAGGUCCGCGAGAAGCUGCGCCGGUUGUACGGGUCCCCCCUCAACAUCGACCUGUUCCCGGCCCUCAUGGUGGAGGACCUGGUGCCGGGCAGCCGCCUGGGGCCCACGCUCAUGUGCCUGCUCAGCACCCAGUUCCAGCGCCUGCGGGACGGGGACAGGCUGUGGUACGAGAACCCUGGGGUGUUCUCGCCGGCCCAGCUGACGCAGAUCAAGCAGACGUCGCUGGCCAGGAUCCUGUGCGACAACGCCGACAACAUCACGCGCGUGCAGAGGGACGUGUUCCGGGUGGCGGAGUACCCCCACGGCUACAGCAGCUGCGACGACAUCCCCCGGGUGGACCUGCGGGUCUGGCAGGACUGCUGUGAAGACUGCAGGACCCGGGGCCAGUUCAGCGCCUUCUCCUACCACUUCCGAGGCCGCCGGUCCCUUGACUUCAGUUACCGGGAGGGCGAGCCCCCGACGGAAGCAGGGAAGACACUGAGCGUCGGGAAGCCCGGCCAGCGCCCCAGGAACGCCACGGCUGCCUCCUCUGAGCACCCCCAGGCCCUGGGGCCCAGCGACUUCCGGGACUUCGUGCUGGAGAUGCAGCAGACCAUCACGGACCUCCGGACACAGAUAAAGAAACUUGAGUCUCGGCUCAGCACGGCCGAGUGCACCGACGUGGAUGGCGAGCCCCACGCGGAUGGCGCCCGGUGGAAGCAAGACGUGUGCACCGUCUGUGAAUGCCGCGAUGGGCAGAUCACCUGCUUCGUGGAAGCCUGCCAGCCCGCCGACUGCCCGGCACCCGUGAGGAUCGAGGGCACCUGCUGCCCGGUCUGCCUGAGGGAACCCCCCGGAGCGCAGUAGACCCCUCGCGCUCCUCGCAGCUCCGCGAGCGUCCCCCCCGUCCCCGGCCGGUGCAGGGAGCGCGGACUGGCGGGCGCCGAGGACGUGCACGGCUCACGGCCAUACCCGGGGCGUCUCGGACGCCGCACAGGGGCUCAGACUGGAGCGUCCACGGAGCCGGAGACCGCGCAGUGGACACGCGGGUGGGAACAGACACGAGUCCUAACUUCAUGUUAGAUUCUCAGGUUUUUAUUUAAUUUUUUUAAUGAAAAAGUGGUGCUACUAUUAAACCGCACAGUUAAGUCA